CCCGAAACCAACAUGGCUGCUACAGGCAGAAUGAGGACGUGGAGCUGUCCGGUCACAGCAGUUUUUUAUCCACGGGUAGUCAUUUUUGUACUUUUCCUCAAUACCAUAAAUGCGGUUGCUGCAGCACCAGAGCCGGGCCUUUGGAAAAUCACUGUUGUAAAUACCUCAAGACCGCUGCUGUUAACGAAAUCCAUGUACAAAAACACUGAUAUUGAAUUGAAAGUUAAGCCUUUUGGUUGUCCUGAGACGGUGACUUUCACCAUUCACUGGUAUUUAAAAUACUACCACUGUCACAAUGAGUUCAAAAACAUUGAAGAAAUGUAUGACAGAAUACCGCUGAGUCGUGGGGGGAGCAUGGAUCCAAACCCUCUCGGGAAAGGAGAGUUCAUUGAACACAAAUACCAGCCCAUACCAUGUAGCAGCUCCUUUCCAAUGCUAAAAAAAGCAAAGGCAGAUCCACGUCCUGUCAUUCCACCUGUGGAGGGUGAAGUGCUAGAUGAAAAUGAGACCCCAUGGAUCACUGAGGAAUAUGACAGCGGCAGCAACAACGGCAGUGUGAGUAUCACAGACAAUGUCAUAGCCACCACUUGGAAGGACGGGCCUUACCUGCUGGUUGUUAAGAUAGUGUCAAAUAAACAAGAUGCCAACUGGAAUUUAACAGUUGAUGUGGUGAUGAAAGGCGACCACGGCUACAUUUCUAUCACAGAUUACCCUCUCAUGAUUUUCUACAUGGUGAUGUGCAUAGUGUACAUCCUGUACGCCAUGCUGUGGUUUGUCUGGGCAGCCUGCUACUGGAAGGAUCUGCUGAGGAUCCAGUUCUGGAUAGCAGGGGUCAUAUUCCUGGGGAUGGUGGAGAAGGCUGUCUUCUGCGCUGAAUACGAAAACACCAAUACUGUUGGCUCUGCGUCUCCAGGCCUGCUGAUCUUUGCCGAGCUGGUCUCUGCCCUCAAGAGAACUUUGGCUCGAUUGCUCGUCAUCAUCGUCAGCCUUGGUUAUGGCAUUGUAAAGCCUCGUCUGGGGACAGUAAUGCACAGAGUGGUGGGACUCGGUGUUCUAUACUUUGCUUUUGCUAGCAUUGAAGGAGUUCUGAGGAUCACUGGGGGUCGGGACAAUGGCCCAGCUCUCAUUACAGCAAUUGUUCUGGCUGUGUUUGAGUCCUGCUGCAUCUGGUUCAUAUCCUUCCAUCUGGCACAAACCAUCAAGACUCUGAAGCUGAGGAGAAACCCUGUCAAGUUGUCUCUCUACAGGCACUUUACAAACACAUUAAUAUUUGCCGUCAUUGCUUCUAUCAUUUUCAUGGGGUGGACAGCAAAGAAAUUCCGGCUAGCAGAUUGCCAGUCUGAUUGGAUCGAGCUGUGGGUGGAAGAUGCUUUCUGGAGAUUCUUGUUCUCCGUCAUUCUGUUGGUCAUAAUGUUUUUAUGGAGACCAUCUGCAAACAACCAAAGGUAUGCUUUCACACCUCUGAUCGAUGACUCAGACGAUGAGGAAAUUGAGGAAUUUAUUGCUUCUUCAAACAUUGCAGACGGCAUAAAAUUGAGAACCUCUAAAAGUGAGACCAAUGGCACGGUGAAGCCUGCAGAAAACAACCCAGAUGAAGACAUGAAGUGGGUGGAGGAUAACAUUCCUAGCUCUCUUACUGAUGUAGCUCUGCCAGUCCUGCUCGACUCAGACGAGGAAAUCAUGACGACCAAGUAUGAGAUGUCAAAGCUGGAGUGAGGCGAGACAUUUCCAGCCAGCAGCUGACAUGGAGAGACAACACAGCCAGCCGUCCCCGACUCCGCAGCAAGGUUUUCUUCAGGAUUUCCAGUCAGGUGGUGGUGGAGUGCCAUUUAACUUUUUUCAGGGGAUCCUCCCAAUAUGGCUGCUCCUUCACAGGGGAGGCCACAGUUUAAGGGGGACCUCUGCAUAUUUCCUCAACUUCUCAAGAAAAAGGAUUCUACCAGAGGAGAAACUGGUGUCAGUUGACUGUUUCCUUGAUCUGAUCAGUUUUGAGCCUUUCUUUCCAAAGAGAAUGUUUUUCGUUUUAUAUUAAGUGCUG